AUGACGGCCGAUGCCCCGGCAGGGAGCCACUGGAAGGCCCUGCAGCAGCAGAUGCAGGGGCCGCGGAAAAAGCGCUCGACACGCUCGCUGCACGCCAAGGCCGAGGUGGUGUCGACGAGCGCCACGGACGCGCUGCCGUGGUUCGCCGAGGACCUGGCGCCGGGCGACUUGGCGCUCGCAAUGAGCGAGGCGCCGUCGGCGGCGACGGCGGAGGCGAGGAAGCGGCAGGUGCUGGGCGAGCCAUACAAUGCGACGGCGGCGAAGCGCGAGCCGGGCCACUACCUCGCGAUCGACUGCGAGAUGGUCGGUGUCGGACCACGCGGGACGGGCUCGCACCUCGCGCGUGUGUCGAUCGUCAACUGGUACGGCCACGUCGUGCUCGACACGUUUGUGCGGCCGCGCGAGCGCGUGACGGACUUUCGUACGUGGGUGUCGGGCGUGCGGCCAUCGGACCUGAAGCACGCGCCGCCGCUGGCCGAGGUGCAGGCGCGCGUCGCGGAGCUCAUCAAGGGCCGCGUCUUGGUAGGCCAUGCGAUCCACAACGACCUCAAGGCGCUGCUGCUCUCGCAUCCGCGGCACAAGAUCCGCGACACGUCGACGUUCCAGCCGCUGCGCGAGCUCGCGGGCAACAAGCAGCCCGGUCUGCGCACGCUCGCGCGGCUCGUCCUCGACAUUGAGAUCCAGGCGAAGCACGCGGCGCACAGCCCCGUGGAAGAUGCGCAGGCGACGAUGGCCGUGUUCCGCACGCAGAAGGCGGCGUGGGACGCGUCGCUCGGCAUCGGCGUCAAGAAGCACGACGCGCCGCGGCGGACGCCGUCGCUGCGCCGGCCCAAAAGCACCGAGGGAUGGUGGGAGGAGGAGGCGGCCCACUAG